AUGGAAGGUGGACACAUUACAAAUGAAGAAGAAGGCAGCAAUGAUAGUGAUAGUGUUGUGAGUGUAAAACAUGAACCUGUUAUUGUACAUAAACGUAUUCACACCGGAGAAAAACCAUUUUCAUGUGAUGUUUGUAAUAAAACAUUUACUCAGAAAGGUGAAUUAGUUAGACAUAAACGUAUUCACAGCGGAGAGAAACCAUUUUCAUGUGAUGUUUGUAAUAAAACAUUUACUCAGAAAAGUAAUUUAGUUAAACAUAAACGUAUUCACACCGGAGAGAAACCAUUUUCAUGCGAUGUUUGUAAUAAAACAUUUACUCAGAAAGUUGAAUUAGUUAAACAUAAACGUAUUCAGUCCGGAGAGAAACCAUUUUCAUGUGAUGUUUGUAAUAAAACAUUUAAUGAGAAAAGUAAUUUAGUUAAACAUAAACGUAUUCACACCGGAGAGAAACCAUUUUCAUGUGAUGUUUGUAAUAAAUCAUUUACUCAACAACAUCAUUUAGUUUUACAUAAACGUAUUCACACCGGAGAGAAACCAUUU